UUCUGUGACUGUAACCCCAAAAAAUAUCUAAAUAAUAUUUAUGUUGAUAAUGAAAACUUCUUCACUUGAAUUUGAUUUUAGGAUUGGAAUUUAAAGUAUGCAAUGAUUCGAUACUCAUUAAGUAGUCGUCAUAAAAAGUGAGCUUAGUAUCAUUAGUCACUACAGUGAAAUUAGGAUGAUUGAUAUAUGAAUUAUUUUUUCCAUUAAAUUGGUAAUUAAGAGCUCUCAAGAUACAAUGUCUUGUAUACUUUGUGAAAGAAUUGAUGAAACCACCUUCUACAACUUCAAUGAAACUGUUACUCUUCAUUCAAUGACACCAGUUAGACAAUUUUUAGAAAAAUUGAUAGGUUGUCCCAUAAGAAUUGAAGAAUCUAACGAUGUAUUGUUUUGUACUUCUUGCUAUGAUAAUUUCAAUGAAGUCGAUCAGAUGGAAGUUAAGAUAAAGAAAAUUGCAACUGAUAUGAGGACGAGGUAUAAGAAAAGACAAAAUAUAAAAGAACAGAUAAUUAUAUCGUCAAUGGAUCGAUCUGAAAUCUAUUCAGUUAUAAAAGUUGAUGACGAUCCUGAUUAUUUUGAUUAUCAAGAUAAUACUGAAUUGCAUUCACCCAAUUCUCCAAAAGUGACAUCUGAACUGGAAAAGAGGGAUAGCAAUACAAAGAAACAAUUAAGUAGUAGUUCAUCAAAUAACUCUGAAGUUAAAAAGGAAUCAAAUAAUUCAAAUGAAAAAAUACAUUUUACUAAUCAACAUGACUUAAAGAGUAUACUGAGUAUGAAAAUUAAGACCGAAGAAGAAUCUGAUAGUUGGGAGGACAACAUAGAUAGUGAUCAUAAAGUUAGUGUUCUCUAUGAUAUGAUGGAUGAAAAAAAUGUUGGAAUUUUCCUUGAACCAAAAUCAAAUAGCUCUUCCAAAGAACCUCAUAAAUGUACAAGAUGCAAUAUAAUAUUCUUCUCAAAACAAGAAUUGAAAUCACAUAAUACUACUAAACAUGCAGAAGAUAAGCCUUACAUUUGUGAGGUUUGUGGAAAAGUUUAUCGUCACAAGAGUGCCUUGACUAUUCAUGUUGGAAUGCAUAAUGGAAUUUCACCUUUCAAGUGUUUACACUGUGACAAGACUUUCACACAAAAAGGAGCCAUGAUGAGACAUAACAAAAUACAUACAGGUGAAAAGCCAUAUCAAUGUGAAGAGUGUGGAAAAUGUUUCACCCAUCAUACUUCCUUUACAAUACACAAGAUAUCCCAUACUGGGGAAAAAUCUUACAAAUGUAAUGUAUGUGGACUGAUGUUAAUGUCCACAUCCCAUUUGAAAAGACAUAUGAGGGUUCACACUGGUGAAAAAAGGUAUUCAUGUUCAACUUGCGGGAAGAGAUUUGCAGAAAAAUACAACUUAGUAUCUCAUAGCAAGUUGCACACCAAUGAAGCAGUGUCAACGCAAAAAAGGAAAUUUAGAUGUGAUAUAUGCAACCUUGUGUUCUACAAAAGACUGCACUUGGAAGAACAUGUUACAAAGAACCAUUCAAUAGCAGAUGAUAACUAUGAUUAUUGUUAAUUGAAGGAAAUUAGAAAAGUAAACUGUGAAUUCAAGUCUGUUAGUGUUAUGCUGUUUCUAUUUUUAACCCUUUUUCUCAAAAAAUCCAAUUCCUUUGUAGAUUACAUAAUGCAACUACAAUAGGAACUUUUUUAGAAUGUUCAAAUCCAGAAAAUGUAUAAAUGAAAUUACAGAACAUUUUAAGUGUUUUGUUCAGUUAGAUUUUUUAUGGAGUCAAAGGAUCUUGUUAAUAAAUUUGUAUAAAGUCUUCUUAACCUAAUUAUACCAAGUUAAAUUAUA